GACCGCGCCAAAGCUCAGACAGCGGCCACUCUCUGGGAUAAUAACAUACCGUAGUGGCCAUUUAAACGGCGAGUACUACAGCUGCAUCGCGUUGAAGAGUUUACUUCUUUAUUUUUUUUCUUACAAAAGCGGACCCUUUUUUAUUUGCGCCGGAACAAAGUGGCCAGAUUAAUGCUGGUUGUCGGCUGAGCUGGCAGCGACUUCACGGUCGUGACACGACUUUGACGGGCGCGGUGCGGCGGAGUUGGCGCACUGCUGGACUGGAUUUACUUCACUGCAGCCGCACCAUUGCAGAAACUGCGCCUCUUCUUAAAUUCUAUCUUUAUUUUUGUGUGGGAAAGAUUCCUCUAGAUAGUCACUCAAGAACCGUUUACAGUUGAUUUUCCGCUCGAAUAUGCUGCUUACAAAGUUAGGUUCAUUUUCGCACAUUUGCAAUCCUUCAAGUAUGGACCAUAUUCCAGUGAAGAUACUCCCGCCGGUUAAAGUGGAGAAGGAGCCCUUCGAGAGGGUUUACCAGGUGGGGUCGGUGCUGGGCAGCGGAGGGUUUGGGACGGUGUAUGCCGGCAAUCGGAUCUCCGAUGGCGCGCCGGUUGCUGUGAAACACGUCGCGAAGGAAAGGGUGACAGAGUGGGGUUCAAUUAACGGAGUCAUGGUUCCGUUGGAGAUCCUGCUGCUGAAGAAGGUCAGCUCGUCUUUUCGGGGAGUUAUCAAACUGCUGGAUUACUACGAGCGGCCGGACGGCUGGCUCAUCGUCAUGGAGAGGCCCGACCUGGUCAAGGACCUGUUCGACUUUAUCACCGAGAAGGGAGCCCUGGACGAAGGCACGGCGCGCGGCUUUUUCCGCCAGGUUUUGGAGGCGGUCCGACACUGCUACAGCUGCGGCGUCGUCCACCGGGACAUCAAAGACGAAAACCUGCUGGUGGAUUUACGCACCGGGGAGCUCAAAUUGAUCGAUUUUGGUUCAGGGGCCAUUCUGAAGGACACGGUCUACACGGAUUUUGACGGUACAAGAGUUUACAGCCCACCUGAGUGGAUCCGUUUCCAUAGAUACCACGGUCGCUCGGCAACAGUGUGGUCGCUAGGCGUGCUGCUGUACGACAUGGUGUGUGGAGACAUCCCCUUUGAGCAGGAUGAGGAGAUCCUCAGAGGAAAAGUCUACUUCAGGAGGAGGGUCUCACCUGAGUGCCAGCAGAUCAUCAAAUGGUGCCUGGCGCUGCGACCCUCCGACCGGCCCACUCUGGACCAGAUUUGCGACCACCCCUGGAUGAGGAUGGCGUCCGAAUCGCCCAAGUCCUCAGAGGAGCCGGCGGCCGGAGAGAUCCGCCUACGAACCAUCGGCACAGACUCUUCGUCAAGCACAAGCUCGAGCAAGGAGAGCCUCUGAGCAUAGCUCUGAUGGACUGAAAGGACUUUCUGGGGGGGGUGAAUCUGGGUAUCACAGACUUUGGAGGCCAGCGGGCUGAGAGCGGCCCGGUUCUGCUGGCCGUGCAAGAAUUUUCUUUUCCUCUUUUGUAGGGAAUUUAUAAUUUAUUACUGUUCUGUUCUAACCCCCCCCCCCCUUUUUUUUCAUUUCAGUUAAAUAUACUUGUUUCCUGAUGAGGAACAUUUUUUGCUAUUGGGGUGGUCUUACCAGCACUAUUUACCCCCCCUCACCUUUUCACUAGGUUUUCUUUGUUACUAGGCUGGUAAACGGCUGGCAAGGCCCUCCUACGCAGACAUGGCUGCUCUCAUAGAGCUUGUAGAAGAGUUAUUUAAAUGUUUUAUUUUUGAUUUUUGGAGUGCCUUUUUUUCUUUUAACUAGAAAGCUGCUUUUCUUGGGGGUGGGGGGUGGGCUCUUUUCUGUUGUGACGGGCAGGUGUCGCCAUUUAUAUAUACAUUUUUUCUUUCUUUUCAUUUUUAAAUCUCCGUUGUUACACACAAAUCACCCACUGGCCCAGAGGCGCCGCCAGGGGAGGCGGAGCCUCUUCCUUUAAAGGCGGAAUACUUGAAAUCGACUCGACGCUGCUCCUUCACUCGAAAAGCCUGAACAGCUGUUCAGAAACUGGAUCUUCUGUUCUGAAUGUCUGCGACCUGUUGGUGACGCGCCGCUCCACACCCACCCCGCUCAGCUGUUGCAGGAGAGUGGGCGGGGUUUAGCAUCCUCCCGUUAAGGUACCUCCCACCAUCUCACUACUCGACAUGCCCCCCUGCCCCCUCCCUUCUCACUCCUGACCUCUUAUCAGAGUUGGGGGUGUGAAAUGCACAAACAAUGCAAUAUUCAUUCAUUUUUAUUAUUUUUCUUUUUCCCCCUGCAAAUGUACAGGUUUUUUUUUCUUAUUUGUGUGUUUUUGUUUUUUUCUUCUUUUUUUUCCAUUUGCAUUUAAUUUAUUUGUACACAUGUAGACAUUCCACACUCUUGUGGUUAUUUAUUUAUUUAUUGUCUACAAUCUCCCCUAAAAGAAGAUGAAAUGCAUAUCCUCUAUGGCCUUUGAUUUAUUUGCAUUCCUAUAACUUAUUUUUUACAGUUCCAGCAUCAUUUUGUUUUUCUUUAGAUGUGGAGGAUGCACUGAAGCAGAUGUAAAACAGAAUAAACUGUUUACCUAAAAGUUGACAUGAGCGGUUGAAUGUUAUUUAAUGUUGAAUGAAUCAGAGUAAUCCAUCUGGUUUGUUUGUUUUUAGUUCUAUAAGAGGCUAAACGGCGGGAGGACGAGCUUUUCAUGUAGACUCAUUACUUUCCGUUUAACCGUGUAACAUCAGAACGUUGGAGAUUGAUAUAUUUUGAUACAAAAAAAAAAGUCAAAUUAAACACAUUUUUUUUAAUG